AUGGCGUCCUGCCUCAUGGUUGGGUUGACCCUGGCACUCCUGGGCCCGGGCUUGGCUUCUGGCGCCGAGAGCUGCAGCUCCACAGCGGGGUCGCUGAUGCUGCAAGCCAGGCGAGGUCUCCACAAACACGCGGUGAGCGAGGUGGUGACGGCGUCCAUGGGCCUUUGGACCGACGAUGCCUCGGCUUUCCAAGGUGGCUCCUGCGAAUACGCCAGCGCAUCGCAAGGUGGUCUUGAGUCGCCGUCGGCCACAAGCAAAUACCUGGAAUCCCGGGCUGUUUGCCUGGCCAACCCUGCGAUCUACGGCGGCGGAGUCGCCUGUGGCUCCUGCUGGAAGGCUGAGCGAGAGGGUCAGGGCAGCAUGGUGGUGCAGAUCAUCGGGUCUCAUGGAGGCUCCAACAACUUGGACUGCUUCUCCGACGCCUUCCGCACCAUCGCCGGUGCGGACGGCGGCACUUUCGAGGUCCGCCUUGAGCCCGUCGAGUGUGAGGUGAAUGGCGCAGGGCCAGUGGCGACCAUCGUGGAUGGGGACAACGCCUGGUACACACGAGCCAUCUUCUCCAACUUGCCUCAUUCCGUCCUGGCUGCCUGGAUAUCCGUGGAUGGGAAAGCGACGGAGAUGCGUCGUGUAUCGGGAGCGACUUGGGAGGCCAACCUCGGAGGUGGUGGCUCUGUUGUUGGUUUCAAGGUGAGCCUGGAGGGCGGAACGGAAAUGGCCUUCCGCGACUGCUUCAGCUCGUGGCCUGUGGCGAAAGGAAGGGACGACUGCCGCGAUGCCGGCUGCUGUCAGCAAGCCGGGCAGACCUGCUAUGAGAAGGAUGCCUUCUUUGCGGCCUGCCGCAGCAGUUGCGUGCCCGGCAGCGUGAACCCCAGGGACCCGGAAGAGUUCCGAACGCCCUGGACAUGCGAGAUUGUCGGACCCUCGGGUGCCUUCCGCACUUCAGAAGUCGGCUCCAGCAAGGACCGCCUCUUUGAGUUUGUUCGGGUGCUGACCAAUCAGCCCGUUUCAGGCUCCAAGGCUCGCGCAGUGCAAUCUUCUGGCGGAGCAGCUGGGGGCAUCGUGUCCGAGAGUCAGGGCUAUGGCCUCCUCCUUGCAGGGACGCUGCUGGCUGCCAUGGACUCUGAUUCGGAUUUUGGCCGCGUCUCCGAGCUUACCUACGAGCUUUUCCUCGGAUGGCGCCGCAUGUGCGAGCUGAGCGCAGCGGGCGGCAGCUGUCAGGACGAUGAGGGUUUCCAGUGUGGCGGUGGCCAAUACCCGUGCCUCCCACAUUGGAAGUUCGGCGAGGAUUUGACCCAGGUCGUCGGAAAGGGAGCUGCGCCAGAUGGGGACGUCGACGCCUUGUUGGGCAUGUUGUUGGCUGUGUUGGCUCUGGAAGGCACAAGCCGCGAGCCGGCCUGGCUCGGCGAGGUGGGCCAGUGGGCCUACGACACCUGCAAGCAGUUUUAUCUCAGCUCCACCGUGGCCUCCCCAAGUGGCCAGACGCAAGGGCAGAACCCCAGCUACCACGCGCCCGGUGUCUACCGGCUCUGCCGGGACUACAUGGCCUCUCACGAUGAGAAAUACGGCGGGUCCUCCACGGAGGGCGAUGGCUUUGCAAGAGAUUGGGAGACGCUCAUCGCCACGAGCUACAAGAUGCUUGCGGCCACGCAGUGCCCUUCGACGGGAUUGGUCCCGAACUGGGCUCAGAUCUUCGAAGAUGGACGCCGACUCCGGGCUCAGACGGGCUUCAGCGGCAGCGGCACGCCGGGUGCGGAGUUCGGCGCCGAGGCGUCGCGGACCAUCUGGCGAGUGGUGGUGGACUUCCUGCUGUAUCCUUCCGAGGCGCGCCCAGCCGCCGACUUCCUGAGUCCGGUUGCCAAGCACUUGGGGAAGAAGGAGAACUCUGGGCGAUGGGCGUCUUCCCUGGAUGUGGAUGGCGCUUGCCUGGUGGAGACCAUCCACCCAGGAUGGCAGGUUAACAUGUUCAUGGCGGCGCCCACCUUCGCCAGCCUCGUCUGCCCAGCGGAGCUCGAGGGCGGCAGACAGCAGGAGCUUCUGGACUCGGCCGGCAGGCUCUUGGCCAGCAAGCGCAUCCGGGACUACUACUCCGGCAGCUGGGUGGCCAUCAGCACCAUGACUCUCAACGGCGACCUGGCCAAAGCAGCCGCCAAUGCUAAGAUCGGUUCGGCAGCACGCUCCGCCUCGGCGCCCGUGAAGAUGCGAAGACGCGAAGGCUGCAAGCCUGCCAAGAUGUUGGAGUGUGCCUCAAAUGCUGCGCCUGUCGCUGCGUGGCGCGCGCUUUUCCUCGACCUGGCACCUCAGAUGGUCUACAUUGCCGGCGAGGAGAUGUCGCGGUACACCAUGGAGCUGAUCAUGAAGAAGUGGGUGGAGCCAUCAAUUGACACCUCCAAGUGGGAGUUCUACGACCUUAGCUGUAAGGCACGCGACCAGACGAACGACCAAGUCCUCAAGGACGCUGUGGCGGCCGGUGCUCGCAUCGGCUCGAUCUUCAAAGAGCCCACCAUCACCCCGACCAAGGAGCAGAUGGCAGAAAUGGGUCUAAGCAGAGCGCUUGGCUCUCCCAACGGUGCCAUGCGAAGAGGAUGGAACGGCAUCACCAUCUCGCGGGACACGAUCCACAUUCCCGGCAUUGAGCUGGGGUUCAAGCGUCCCGUCCUUUUCGAGCGGCAUGCAGUCGGCGGUGAGUACGGUGCCGGCUGGAAGAAGGUUGGCAAAGGCCGCCUGCUCACGACUUUCUUUCCCGAGAACAUGGACGAGGCCAAGCCGACGAUUGUGGAUGGGAGGGAGCUCAAGGAUGAUCGAAGUGUGUGCGUGGUCUACGACAACCCAUUGGACAAUGUCGAGGACCUCGCCCACGUCUUCUUUCAGAGAUGUUUGGAAGCAAAGGUAGUGCCAUACGUCGUGACCAAGAAGACCGUCUUCAAGUGGCAGGAAGGCUUUUGGCAGAUCAUGCGGGAUGUCUUCGAUUCCGAGUACAAGGCAGCUUUUCUGUCCGCCGGUCUCUUGGACAAGACAGGAGGAGAACUGCAGCACCUGAUUAGCGAUGCUGCAACAAUGCAGAUCAUUCGAUGGACCGACGGCGGGUUCGGCAUGGCCUGUCACAAUUACGACGGCGACAUGCUCACAGACGAGGUGGCGCAGGUGCAUCGAAGCCCGGGCUUCAUCACGUCGAAUCUCAUUGGGAAGCGAGAGGACGGAGCCUUGAUUAAGGAGUUCGAGGCCUCCCACGGCACGGUGGCGGACCUCUGGCACGCCCACUUGCGUGGUGAAGAGACAUCCAUGAAUCCACUGGGUAUGGUGGUCGCCCUCUUCGGGGCGAUGGACCAUGCUGCAGUCCUGGAGAACGACCCGAAGAUUCUCGAAGUGACCCAAAGAUUUACAGGGUGUGCGCGAGCGGCCGUCUACGCUGCCUUCCGUGACGGGCGAGGAACCCGGGACAUGGUGGGUCCCGCUGGAUUGACUACAGAAAAGUUUGUCGAUUCUGUGGCCGAAGACAUAUCCAGGCGGCUAGUGUCGCCAGAUGGGACAGAGCUUGCGCCAAAAGCGGAAGCUGCAGCAGAGCCGCAGAAGGUGUCGAGGAAGUACAGGCGGAACUACAAGGUCGACGAGAAGGCCAUGCAAGACAUGUUCAACCGCUUCGACACGGACUCCAGCGGCAAAAUUGACUUCGAGGAGUUCGUUGAACUUGCCUUGGAGCUGGGAAUUGCUCCACUGGAGGCGGAAGCGGUCAAGGCAGAAAUGGAGCAUCAAGAGCACAAGGACGUGCAAAGACAAAGGAGCGGCGCAAGCGUCACGGCAGCAGCCUCUCAACUGCAGACAGGGUUCGCGCGAGAAGAGGGUGAAGCAUGGCAGGCAAACUACCUCCCGGCGCAUUGUGCCAACACAUUCGACCUGUUUGAUGCGCGAUGGUUCGACACCACGCUCCUUGCUGCCGAACGCGAACUCCGCGUAGCAAGAGCAGCAGGGUUCUCGGCCUUGCGUGUCUUGCUACACGAAGAACUCUUUUUCAGAGAUGGGGCAGAUUUCCUCGACGACGUGUCAAAGCUGCUCGAUGUGUUCCGCAGACAAGGCAUGUCGACCAUGCUCGUGCUUUUCGAUGCCUGCUGGCGACCAGAUUCGGGAGAGCCAGGAGAAGACCUGUACAUACCCGGGGUUCACAACAGUGCGUCGGUCCAGUGUCCGACUCACACCGUUCUCAGGGCAUUUGGCCAAGGAGAAGCAUGGGCAAAGAACCGUUUGCAUCAAUACGUAACUGCUGUGGUUGGUCGCUUCGCGACGGAUCCUCGUGUGGCGAUCUGGGAUAUCUACAAUGAGCCCACUAUGCGACAGAGUGAACACUUGAUCUUGCCAAGACUGGCUGCCAUCAACGGAUGGGCUGCUGGAAGAUACCCCGAACACUGGCUUUUGGACGGUCCCAAGCUCAACACCAUCUUGCCCUUGGUCAGACAGGCCUUUGAAUGGGCCAGAGAAGUUAACCCGGUGCAGCCGCUCACCACGGCAGUGUGGGAUUUCCCGAACAGCGAAGACGACGAGGACGUGAAAGAGUACAAGGCCGCAGUCAACAACGAGAUGGUAGAUCUGAGCGACAUCAUCUCAAUCCAUUGCUACUGCUCUCCUGAUGAGCUGGAGCAGCACAUCAGCGAGCUGGCGGCCAAAGGAAGGGGGCCGGUGCUGGUUACUGAGUUCAUGGCACGGCCACGGAACUCGACGCUGACCAACAGCCUCCCAGUCCUACGUCAGCAGGGCGCCUGGGGGUACACCUGGGGCCUCUUCCAGGGCCGAUCCAACACACAUGUGCCCUGGAACACGUGGUUAGACGCCGAGCUGGGCAUGGAAGGCCCCUGGUUUCACGAUGUCUUCUACGGGAAUGGCACGGCAUACAGCGAGGAGGAGCUGAAGGAAAUCUGGUGGAACACUAUCGGAAGCCAAUUGCGGCUCUGA